AGGAAAGGAGACAGCAGUGCCAUAGGAGGAGGCUGCUGUGACACAGUGACAGCAGGUGGUUGGCGGCGGUGUGUCAUGGUGGCCACAUCUCCUAAGAGAAGAUGCCAGGAUGAUGGCUUCCACGCACCUGGCUGGGGCUCUGAUCAUCCCAGCCUUGGCCUUCUUUUCUGGCCUGAGACCAGAGAGCUGGGACCCUUGUGUGCAGGUGGUUCCUAAUGUUACUUACCAAUGCAUGGAGCUGAAUCUUGACAAAAUCCCUGACAACAUACCCAUAUCAGCUAAGAAACUGGACCUGAGCUUUAACCCCCUGAAGCAUUUAGGAAGAUAUAGCUUCUCCAACUACUUAGAACUACAGGUACUGGAUUUAGCCAGGUGUGAAAUUUUCAUGAUUGAAGAUGAUGCAUUCCAUGGCCUAAACCAACUCUCUACCUUGAUAUUGACGGGAAACCCUAUCCAGAAUUUAUCCCUGGGAGCCUUUUCUGGACUACCAAAUUUACAGAAGCUGGUGGCAGUGGAGGCCACCCUGGUAUCUCUAGAGGACUUUCCCAUUGGACAUCUCAAAACCUUGAAAGAGCUUAAUGUGGCUCACAAUUUCAUCCAUUCCUGCAAGUUACCUGAUUAUUUUUCUAACCUAACCAACCUAGAACACUUGGACCUUUCCAAAAAUGAGAUACGAAAUAUUUACCAUGGAGAUUUGCAGAUUUUAUACCAAAAGCCCCUAACCAAACUUUCCUUAGAUUUAUCCAUGAAUCCUUUAGACUUUAUCCAACCAGGUGCCUUUAAGGAAAUUAAGCUUCAUCAACUGACUUUGAGGAGUAAUUUUAAUAAUACAGAUAUAAUGAAAACUUGUAUUCAAGGUCUGGCAGGUUUGAAAAUUGAUCAGUUGGUUUUGGGAGAAUUUAAAAAUGAAAGGCAUUUAGAAAGAUUCGACAAAUCUGCACUAGAGGGUCUGUGUGAUGUGACAAUUCGGGAAUUUCGGAUGGUAUUUUUCUACAAGUUCUCAGAGGAAACUACUGACUUUUUAAAUUGUUUAGUAAAUGUUUCUGCAAUUUCUCUGGUGAGUCUGGAUUUAAGUAAGUUACCAAAUCUUAUUGGUGAUUUCAGAUGGCAAUACUUAAAAAUGGUUAAAUGUCAUUUUGAACAAUUUCCCAUAUUGAUGCUCAAGUCUCUCAAAAGGUUGGUUUUCAGGGACAACAAAGGAGCAAGCAUUCUAACUGAACUUGAACUACCGAAUUUGGAGUACUUAGAUCUCUAUAGAAAUUCACUGACUUUAAAGCACUGCUGUUCUCAAUCUCAUUUAGGGACAACCAGACUGAAGUAUUUAGAUCUGAGCUUCAAUGACGUGAUCACUAUAACCUCAAACUUCAUGGGCUUAGAGCAAUUAGAAUAUCUUGAUUUCCAGUAUUCUACCUUGAAAAAUAUCAAUGAUUUUUCAGUAUUCCUGUCACUCAGAAACCUCCUUUACCUUGACAUAUCCUGCACUAACAGCCACAUUAUUUUCCAUGGCAUCUUUGAUGGCCUGUUCAGCCUCCAAGUCUUGAAAAUGGCCGGCAAUUCUUUUCAAGAUAACUUCCUUCCAAACAUCUUCAUAGGGAUGGUGAACUUGACCUUCUUGGACAUCUCCCACUGUAAGCUGGAACGGGUUUCCCAGAUGGCAUUUGACUCCAUCCCCAGACUUCAGGUGCUCAAUAUGAGUCACAACAGCCUCUUGUUUUUAGAUGCACUUCUUUAUAAACCUCUCCUCAACCUCCAGGUUCUGGAUUGCAGUUUUAAUCACAUAGUGACCUCUAAGGCGCAAGAACUACAUCAUUUUCCAAGUAGUUUAGCUUCUUUAAAUCUUACUCAGAAUGCCUUUGCUUGUGUUUGUGAGCACCAGAGUUUCCUGCAGUGGAUCAAAGACCAGAGUCAGGUCUUGGUGGCAGCUGAACAAAUGGAGUGUGCCACCCCUGACGAUAUGCAGGGUAUGCCAGUGCUGAGUUUCAGGAAUGCCACAUGUCAGAUAAGAAAGACUGUCAUCAGUGUGUCAGUUCUUGCUGGGCUUGUGGUGUGUUUAGUGGCAAUUCUGUCCUAUAAGUUCUAUUUCCACCUGAUGCUCCUUGUUGGUUGCAAAAAGUAUGGCAGAGGUGAAAGCACCUAUGAUGCCUUUGUUAUCUACUCCAGCCAGGACGAGGACUGGGUGAGGAAUGAGUUAGUGAAAAAUCUGGAGGAGGGGGUUCCCCGAUUUCAGCUGUGCCUUCACUACAGAGACUUUAUUCCUGGUGUGGCCAUCGCUGCCAACAUCAUCCAGGAAGGUUUCCACAAAAGCCGGAAGGUCAUUGUCGUCGUGUCUCAGCACUUCAUCCAGAGCCGAUGGUGCAUCUUUGAGUACGAGAUUGCCCAGACCUGGCAGUUUCUAAGCAGCCAUGCAGGCAUCAUCUUCAUCGUCCUGCAGAAGGUAGAGAAGUCUCUGCUGCGACAGCGGGUGGAGCUGUAUCGCCUUCUCAGCAAGAAUACCUACCUCGAGUGGGAGGACAGUGUCCUGGGCCGGCACAUCUUCUGGAGACGGCUCAGAAAAGCCCUGCUGGAUGGUAAGCCCUGGAAUCCAGAAAAUGCGGCAGAUGCAGAAAACACCCAGAACGAAGACACAACCUCCACCUGAGGAGGACAAGCUUCCGAGGUGCUUCUCGUUCACGUGGGGCCCCUAUGUGUUCGGUUCACAGUACUAAACACUGCAACAUCUGGGCCUGGUGCAAAAGCAGGUGAUUCCAUGGUGCAUAAGAUAAACAGGACUGCUCUCUCAUCGGUCAGAGGGAACAAAGACUGAUAGAACAUAGACCAUCUGUGUGUGGAUGCUUCAGCCAACUCAGUCAAAGGCCAUGACAGGGAAAGUCCAAUCAACUCUUACCCCAUCAAAUUAAAGUAGAACAAAGAGACACCCCCACUCUCAGUCCCAAGAGACUAGGAAAAGACAUAGUUCUAAGUCCUUUGAGGUAUAAGGACAUCAUAUUUUACAUUUUGGCCAUCUUCAAAUAAGGCAGUUUUGGAAGUUUCAGCUGAACUAGGUGCUUAGUAACUUUUACCUUUCUAUUAAGGACAAUUUACAUUCUAUCUGAUGAUCCAGAAGGCUCCUAAGCUGAUCCCCCUCUACCAUAAAUCAAUUUCCUUAUAAAGGUCAAAGUCUUAUAACUAAUUCCUAAGCAAACCUGAUUCACAUAUAUUCACACACACACAGGUAAUUUCUUAGUAUGUUCUAUUAAUUAAUGACUUCUGAUAUAUUUGUUUUUAUAAAUUCAGUUCUCAUUUUUCAUGUCUCCUCUAUCGACCCUUAUCAUAAAUAAGGCUGGUAGUGACAUGCUGGAAAUAUCCAUAUUUAACCACUAUCUUUCAGGCAAAUAUGUAAAAUAUACUCUGUCACUUUGUCACUUGAUGUCAUUCUAAAGUUAUUACCUCCUAAGUUAUGACUUUCAUGAAGGUAGCAUUAAAAUAAUUUGAUUGAAAGUGGCUCUUAUAGUAAUAGAGGGAGACAAAUAUAACUUCCUGAUUUCAUAAUAAGCAACUCUGGCUAGAGGCAGAGGAAGAGGGGUGACUUGGGGACAGAUCUUCUUAAGCAUCCCAGAAACACAGAGGCUGAAAUAGCUGGGGUGACCACAGGAUAGAGGAAACAGACAGCUUUCUUUUGCAGCCAAAGAGAAUGGUUUGAUGGAAAACUGAACCCUUCUUGGGGCUGUGACAUGAUUUGAGGUGGAGAGCUCCCCUGGUCUUGCCGCUGUGUCUCACUCCAUGACCAAACUGAGGAAAUAGGAGAUAUUAUCAUUAAGAAUGUAAAGUCCAUGAGGUUAAUGUCAGUUAUGGUAAGGAGACUUCUCAGAAAAGUACUCUUACCCAACUUCUUCUAAAGAGAGUACUCAAAGAAAGGGCAAUGAGGAAAUCUGGAAACCACAGCUAUCAAAAACUGGAAAUUUGGCCGCAAUCAGAAGUAUGCUUGUGGCUGUGUUCCAGUGUUUUCUCUGUAAGAAUAUUUAGAGUUGAUGAACAUGCCUUAGGUUUUAGGUGCUUGUGAAAGUGGGUGUAUACAUUUGUACACAUACCUCUGGUGGUUGUGUGUAUGCAUGUGCUGAGAGAGCAUGUGUGUCUGUGCAACCAUGUCUGCAUGGAAGACAGUGAUCAUAGUGCAAGGGUAGCAUGUGCACUGGGUCUGACUGUCUAUAGCUGUUAAAGAUGGGUUCUCGACUCAUGUUCACACAAUUGCUUAUAUCCAAAUAUCUAUGCUAGAUUCUGAAUAUACUUGAAGGGAUGCACUUUUUAAAGAUAGUAAAGCUAUGUGGGUAUUCAUAUUUAAGCAUGCAUUCUGUGCCCAAAAAUAGAUGACUGGAUCAAGAAGAUGUGGUAUAUAUACACAAUGGAAUAUUACUCAGCAAUCAAAAAAGAUAAACUCAUGCAAUUUGCAGCAACAUGCAUGGAGCUGGAAGGGAUCAUGUUCAGUGAAAUAAGCCAGAAAGAAAAAGAAAAAUACCGGAUGGUCUCACUCAUAGCAGGAAUUUAGAAAACCUAAAUAAGGGACCAGAAAAAAGACUAAUCAUAAUAAAGUAAAAAUCAAAAUCAACAAGCCACUAUAAACCAGAGACACACUAUG